AUGACAUCCAUUAUAAAACUUCACGCUAUCUCUGGAGCAAUGGAUGAGUCUCCACCUUGCUAUAUAUUGCAAGUUGAUGAGCUAAGAAUAUUAUUAGAUUGCGGAUGGGAUGAAAACUUUGAUCAGGAUUUUAUAAAAGAAUUAAAGAGACAUGUCAAUCAAAUAGAUGCAGUAUUACUUUCAUAUCCAGAUCCAUUACAUCUGGGUGCAUUACCAUAUUUAGUAGGAAAAUGUGGUUUGAAUUGUCCUAUAUACGCCACCAUACCUGUCUACAAAAUGGGCCAAAUGUUUAUGUAUGACAUGUAUCAGUCCCGCCAUAACAUGGAAGACUUUGAUUUAUUUACUUUAGAUGAUGUUGAUGCCGCGUUUGACAAAAUAGUACAACUGAAAUACAAUCAAAGUAUAUCAAUGAAAGGUAAAGGCUAUGGUGUUACACUGACACCAUUACCAGCAGGACACAUGAUUGGUGGUACAAUCUGGAAAAUUGUUAAAGUAGGAGAGGAAGAUAUAAUAUAUGCUGUAGAUUUCAAUCAUAAGAAAGAACGUCAUUUGAAUGGUUGCGAAUUAGAAAGGUUGCAAAGGCCAUCAUUGUUAAUAACAGAUGCAUUUAAUGCCACAUACCAGCAAGCUCGACGAAGAACAAGGGAUGAAAAGCUGAUGACUAAUAUCCUGCAAACAUUACGAGGUGGUGGCAAUGUAUUGGUCAGUGUAGAUACUGCUGGUCGUGUACUAGAAUUAGCACACAUGUUAGAUCAACUAUGGCGCAAUAAGGAGUCAGGAUUGCUUGCUUACUCACUAGCCCUUCUUAACAAUGUGAGUUAUAAUGUUGUGGAAUUUGCAAAAUCACAAAUUGAGUGGAUGAGUGAUAAGUUGAUGAGAAGUUUUGAAGGUGCGCGCAACAAUCCAUUUCAAUUUAAACACUUGCAACUUUGUCACAGUAUGGCUGAAUUGAAUCAAGUUCCAAGUCCAAAGGUGGUACUUGCUAGCACUCCGGAUAUGGAAUGUGGAUUUUCCCGAGAAUUAUUUCUUCAGUGGUGUACCAAUCCACAAAAUAGCAUUAUAUUAACGAGUAGAACAUCUCCGGGUACGCUUGCUAGAGAUCUAGUAGAGAAAGGUGGAAAUCGAAAUAUUACAUUGGAAGUAAAAAGACGAGUAAAGCUCGAAGGUAUCGAACUGGAGGAAUAUCAAAAGAGGGAGAAAUUGAAGCAAGAGCAAUUGAAACAAGAACAAAUGGAAAUUGCGGACGUCAGUUCCGAAUCGGAAGACGAAAUAGAAGUAGGCGGUGCCCGAGGUAAACACGAUUUAUUGGUGAAGCAAGAAAGCAAACCCGGCUUCUUUAAACAAAGUAAAAAGCAACAUCCUAUGUUUCCAUUUGUGGAGGAGAAAAUUAAGAUAGAUGAAUAUGGAGAGAUUAUAAAACCGGAAGAUUAUAAAAUAGCAGAGACCUUACCUGAAGUUGAGGAUAAUAAGGAGAACGUAGAAAUGAAGCAGGAAGAAAUCAACCAUCAUCCAGAAAUAGCCGCCGAUAUUCCAACCAAAUGCAUACAAGUUUCACGUGCGAUGACUGUCAACGCUGCGGUAACUUAUAUCGACUUCGAAGGUAGAUCUGAUGGGGAAUCUCUACAGAAAAUCUUGGCACAAUUAAGACCAAGAAGAGUGGUUUUAGUCAGAGGCUCGUCUAAAGAUACAGAGAUAUUAGCACAGCAAGCGCAAAGUGCCGGAGCAAGAGUAUUCAUUCCUGCUAGAGGAGAAACGCUAGAUGCCACAACGGAAACGCACAUUUAUCAGGUACGUUUGACCGAUGCUCUGGUUAGUGGACUGAAUUUCUCGAAAGGUAAAGGCGAUUCCGAAGUGGCGUGGAUAGAUGCAAUGAUAACGGCGCGUGAUCAAAUCUGUCGAGAUGCUAUUGCCGAUACAGAACCUGAGGAUGCAAUAAUGGAUGAAAGUGAUAAAAUACUGACCUUGGAACCUCUGCCGUUGAAUGAGGUUCCCGGACACCAGACAACAUUCAUAAACGAAUUGAAAUUAUCGGAUUUCAAACAAGUCUUAAAUAAAAGUAACAUCUCAUCAGAAUUCAGCGGAGGAGUAUUGUGGUGUUGCAAUAAUACCAUUGCUGUUAGAAGACAUGAAGCUGGGAAGGUGAUACUGGAAGGUUGCAUUUCUGAGGAUUAUUACAAAGUACGAGAGCUAUUAUACGAACAAUACGCAAUCGUGUAAUUUUCAUUAAAUUUUCGUAUAGUGUAUAUAUUAAA